CACCACAUUGACCAAUCUACACAUACUUCAGAAGUCUUUACAGCCCUGAGGAUGGUGCUACUUGAUUAUCCCAUUCCAGAACUGGAUGUUACUCUGCAAGAGGCUAGCCGGGUGCUUCAGCUCACUUUAAUUCCCGAGCAGUACCAACACUUUAAAUAUGCCCUCUAUCAGCAGAGAGAUGCACUCGAGCAAGCCCAAGAACAUCUGAAGGCACAUGCCUCUGGACGUGAGAACUGGGUGACUGAGGAUUUCAAAAAGCGACUGCUUUCCUGCUAUGAUCCCCUGCCUACUUCCACAGCUAUCCCUUCCGUCCUGCCCUCCACUAAUCUAAAGGGGGAGUGCAUACAGAUAGAGAGGGCUACAGCUCUACUGUGGGCGGUCGGUAAGCUGUACAGUGAACCUUGGCUGGUGGAAGGUGAUGUCCCAACUGAGCGAACACAACAGUCACAGGCUUUCGCGGCUAGUCGCCUACCAGGCAAGAGCCAAGAUGAGCUAAAGAUAUACCAAGACAGCCUUCAUGCCAUAUUGACUUGUCAAGGGGGUAUAUUUCCAAUCCAAAUUUUAAGGCAACCAAGUUCAGGGGAAUCUCUGUCUCCUUUACCUCUCAAUAACAUCUAUGCCCAAUUGGUCCAUGCACUGAGUCACCCAGCAGCAAGCCCUGAUCAAGACCCAUCUAUUAUUUGUGGUCUGUCUUCUCUUCAUCGUCAAGCCUGGCAUGCUGUAAGAAUGAAUAUCUUAAAAGAAAAGGGCGAAGCAGCAGCAUCGCUGCAAAUAUUGGAGAGCGCAGUUCUGGCCCUGUCCCUGGAAGAUUGCCCAGCACCAGCUAAUCUUGCAGAUAUACUCAAUGCUGUCCGCCUAGGAGAAGGAGAAGGCAAAUGUUUGAGAUACUAUGAUAAGGUGGUAAACUUGGUGGUUUUCAAAGAUGGUCAAGCAGGAAUGUUGUUCGAGCAUAGUGCCCUGGAUGGAAUGGUAGCUGGACUUGUGGUUGAACGUCUAUGGCAGCUUUCAGAAUCCCAAAACAUAGAAACAAUUAAAACCCAGACCAAUGAGUUAUCUCCCCCUUCAAAUGCUGGUUCGCUUCAUCCUAAGCCUCUGAAAAUUCCACUUGAAGGCAUAACCUUACCAGAUCAGUCUCCUUCUAGCUUACUACAUACAACCCAAUCUGUCCUGACUUUUGAAGUUUCAUCUUAUCCAGAUGUGUUCACCACCUUAAGGGGUCACAGAGGUUUAUAUGAUGCAUGGAUUAAUUUCACUUUGCAGCUGUCCCUCAGGCAAACACUUGGGGAAGUAGCUACUAGCCUUAUCAUGGUGACACCAACUCACAUGCGUCACUUCAAACAUGGUCGCUGUGAUCCCACUUACUCAACCACUGUGGGAUCUUUCCAGCUUGUUACAGCUUUGGCAUCCUGCAUUGGUCCAGACAACAUUCCGCUGUACACAAACAAGCUUUUUCAUCUCUUUCAUCUAGCUUUUUUAGAGCACAAAAAUCUCAUAAAAGCCACAAAAGUUGGCCUUGGUGUAGGGCCUCAUAUAGCAGCACUGCGCAGACGUAUGUCUCAAGACAACCCACUCAAGAAAUUUCUGGAUCCUUUUGGAUGCCCAUCCAUCUACUUGACUGGAUCCGAUCUGAUGGAGGGAGUUGAGUGUGCUGUUGGUAACGUGUACGCUACAGAUCAGCUGGCUGUCACAUACCUAGGCAGGAAGGACAAAGUACGUCUUGUGCUUAAUGGAAAGGGUACUUUUGCAAAUGUCUUGGAAAACCUCAAAGAAAGACUUGAGCUCAAUCUAAAAGUAGUAUUGCUCCUGGCAUUAAGGUACGCCAUUGCUGGUCAGAUGGGAGCCAUUGAAUGUCUACUGCAAGACAACGAAGACAGAUCUCCAGUGGAAGAUGUAGCAAGAGUUGCAGAGCAAAAACAAAGACAAAAACAAAACAAAACAAUGGUCCAAGCCUCUCUGGCUUCAGACAGUACUCAUGAAAUCAAGCCAGAUUUCAUUUUGGUGAUUCAUGGUGGGGCAGGUGAGGAAAUGAUGUUGAAUCACAAGGUGACUGGGGUCAUCGAAUUUGCCCUUCAAACAGCUCUAACUCUUGGAGCACAAGUGCUUAGUCAUGGAGGUAGUAGUCUGGAUGCAGUUCAAAGAAGUGUGGUUGCAUUGGAGGACUGCUUUUUGUUCAAUGCUGGCAAGGGAUCAGUAUAUAACAAGGAUGGAGAGCACGAAAUGGAAGCCACUAUUGUUGAUGGACAUGGGAAGAACUCUGGAUCAGUUGCUUGCCUUCGUAAAGUGAAAAACCCAAUAAAAGCAGCCCGUUGUGUUAUGGAAAAGAGCAUGCACUCAUUACUGAUGGGAGAAGGUGCAGAGGAGUUUCUGGACAGUCUUGGAGAGAAAGAAACGACACUGAAAUCCGAGUACUUUGACACUGAUAUGAGAUACAAGGAGUUGAUUAUGAAGUCAGGUGCUGGCAAAAAUAACCAUCCUCAAACUGUUGGUGCAGUUGCACUGGAUAAGUGGGGCAAGUUAGCAGCAGCCACAUCCACUGGAGGUUUAGUUGGCAAGUGGAAAGGCAGAGUAGGUGACACGGCUAUAGUGGGGGCAGGAAUAUAUGCUGAUGAGAAACUUGCAGUAACAUGCUCUGGCGAUGGUGAUGCAUUCUUGCGCCAAACAGUUGCUCACAAGGUAGCCAGUUUAUACAACCUCAGAGGUUACAGUCUCAGACAGGCUUGUCGGGAAGUAAUCCAUGAUGAUCUUGAAAACAAGUGUGCUGGAAUUAUUGCAGUUGAACAUCAAGGUGAGGCCGUUAUUGAAACCAAUGCUGGGGUGAUGUUUGUUGGUUCAAUGGUCAAUGGCAUUCCUCGAACUGAGGUUUUGAGGCCUAUGAAGAGCUUUUCAAAUGUAAUUUGGGAGACAGAUGAAUUGGUAGCUCACUUACAGUCUAAUCCUUGGACCCCAGGAGCCACGGUCCUCACUCGAAAGACCCUAAAUGGGCCUAGUAGCAUCUUUCAGUUAGUGGUACCUGACUACAUAACAAUGAUGCAGGGGGCAAAGACAGUUUCUAAUCUACUAUGUGAGAAGCUUGGUGUGCAUCGCUGUGCCCUUGUGUCCAUGCCAGAACUUGACAAGCCUGCUUACAUCAAAGUCUUGCCUCUACAUGGCCUAGAACCCAACUGGAAGCCUCACCUAGCAGAGGAAAUAGAGUUCAAUUCUUAUGACCCUGGUUACUGUAGCUCCAAAAGUGGUCCACGUUGUGAAGAUACCUAUCUUGACCAGUUGCAGGCAAAGAUUCGCUCUCGACUCCCAACACCCAAUGCCCCUUCUUGCUUUGAUUUCCAUGGAGAACCCUCUAAUAGUGGCCUUUUCCCCCGCAUCAUCCGCGGUGAAGAGCAACAGUGGCGUGUUUGGGAAGACAGUGAACAUGUAGCAUUCCUUACUCCAUUUCCAAAUGCACCAGGCCUUACUGUUCUAGUACCAAGAAAACCACUUACCAGUGACAUCUUUCGUCUGGAUGAGAGUGAUUACACAGCCCUAAUUGUGGCAACACGAAAGGUUGCUCAUCUUGUGCAAGGAGGAAUAAAUGCUCGUGGUGUAGCUCUCAUUUUUGAAGGCUUUGAAAUCGACUAUGCCCAUGCUAAAUUGAUUCCAUUAGUACCUCAGUCCAAUGGCCUAAAGCCUCCAGCUGUGGCUUCUCAGUUCUGCUCAACUUAUACAGGAUAUGUAACAUCUAUAGAUGGUCCCCCUGCCAGCACAGAGGACCUUACAGAGAUCUACAUGAAGAUCACAAAAAUUACUCCCUCUCGGUCCUGGGAAAACCCCCAGACUCACGCUACAUCAGCCAUCAAGAGCAAAUGGUAUCGCAAUCUCUUUCAAAUCCAAAACACUCUGUUUCAUAGCACAGUAGAGUAUUUCCACAAUAAAUGCAAGUAUGCUUAUGCAUUGACACCAAUCACAACUGACACAAUUUCCUCUCCAAUGGGCCUGGGGUCAGAUUCUGAGCCUGUGUUUGUCAACAUGCUGGGCCAGAAUGUAUAUUUGGCUGACUCGAUGCAAUUUGUAUUAGAGUACUUUCUGAGGUUUCAGGAUGGUCUUCCCGGGGCUUACUAUGUGUCACCCAGUUUCAGAGGGGAGGAUCCUGAUGCUACUCAUCUCAACCAGUUCUACCAUGUUGAGUGUGAGCUCCUUGGUGACAUGGAUGCUGCUAUGAGUAUAGCUGAAAACUAUGUUGCCCAUUUGACUCAGGCAAUGCUAAAGGAACAUUCCAACAUUAUCUUAAAUGCAGCUGGUACACUAUCCCAUGCUCAAGAACUGCUGAGGAGUUUAGAUAGACCCCUUCCAAGAGUAACCCUGGACCAAGCCAUUCACAUAAUGCCUUCAUCUGAUUGCCUCGAGUGGGUUCAGGAGGGACAACCCCAUUUUGGCAGAAAACUAACCCGUAAAGGAGAAAAAGUCCUGAUUGAGAAGUAUGGAGGUGCUGUUUGGCUGACAGAAAUGGAUCAUCUUGGAGUGCCCUUCUACCAGGCAUAUGUAGAAGGUUCAAGCAGGAGCAAAGCCAAGGCAGCUGACCUUCUCUUUGGAUUAGGGGAGACAGUAGGACUUGGAGAACGUCACUCCACACCUGACAUGGUUCGAGAGGCCUUACAUCAUCAUGCAGUACCUGAAGACUCAUACAAAUGGUACAUCAACAUGCGUAAAGUCAUCCCUCUUUCAACAAGUGGAUGGGGUAUGGGCACAGAGAGAUACUUAUGCUGGCUUCUGCAGCACAGUGAUGUCAGGGACAUGCAAAUUAUACCCAGACUAAAGGCCAAAAAGUACAUGCCUUAAAGGGUCUUGGUCAUAUUUUAUAUAAUGUACAAGGACAUUCUACAAAAACAAGGGGCCUCAAUUAUACAUUCUGUAUAAACAACAUUCACAUUCUUUUCCCGCUAUUCUCCUCGGCUUACUCUUGCCAUUGAUUACACUGCAUUUUAGUAUUAUAGUCAAAUCAUUCAUUUUUAUUUACAGUAUGUCCUCAACAACAGUAAACUGAGGGAUGAAUUGAUUAAAAAAUGUAGGCAAGUUUUAAAUUUCAGACUAUUGUGGUGUUUUCCCCCCAUCUUUGUAUACUGAUUUAGAUAUGUUUAAAGGGCUGUUAACUCUAAUCUCUCCCCCUCCUCGGUCCAAAAAUGUGCUUGACACAUACCAUAUAUUACACCCACCUGUUAUCUCGUAGGUCUCAAAAUGUAUUUAGUAUGGAAACGUGCAGAAAGGGCUAUUUUGAAUACAUAUUCUGUUACAGCAGAUAUCCACAAUAAAAAUACAUUACGCAUGCAUAAUCUAAAUAUGACCACAUUCUGACUCAUAUUGGAACGUUCUUGUUCAUGUAAAUUGUUCUCACUCAUUUAUUAAUAAAUUCAUUAAGUCACUGACUAUUUGUAUUUUCAUCACUAAAAGUAAAAAAAAAUCAAGUUAGCACACCGGAGCAUGAGCACAAAAAAACUUUCAUACGCACGAUUGUCAGUUGAUGUACGCAUAAGGACAUUUUUACAUCAAUUAUUGCCUUUAUAAAUCCUGAUUUUUUCCUCAAUUUGAUGUAGGAUCAUAUCUAUUGAAUUUAGGAUCGAAUCUGAUCGUACAUACGUUUUAUAAAUGAGGCCCAAGGUAUUUAUAUUUUGAAAUACUUGCAGGGUUAUAGCUUGACAUAUAAUGUAUGGAGUCAAUACCAAAUAAAAUCAAGAAGUUUUAGUAAUCAUAAGGAUAUAUCAGUUUUGAUAUUGUGUAAAUAAUUUUAGCUACACUAAAGAUGGUUAAAUGUUUUAUAAUUGUCUGACGAUUACAGUUUGCCUAGAUUUGAGCUGGCCUUGAUAUAGAUUUGAUUGAUACACUGUUUGGUGUAAAUUAGUAUCUAUUACAGUUAUUAUUCUUUAUUCUUUGCUUUGGCUUAAGAGAAAACAUUUUGUAGGAACAGAUAGUCUUUUGGGAGUAUUACUGAGUUUAAAUACUGCACUCAUCAAAACAUUGUUGCCUUUCUUUUUCUCUCUCUAUUUCUUUACUUCUUCUUUUUUUAACACUUUUUCUUUGAACAUUAUAUGAAUUCAAAUAGUCUUGCUAAUAUUUAAAAAUCUAAUUAUAAGAUCCUUUUUCAUUAUUACUUCAAUACAUGUUUUUCAAAAUAUAAUAAUAAAAUGCAGA